AUGAAACUCAUCCUACUCAAUCCCAUAGACCAAGCUCGUCCUCACCCGGUCAAGCCUAUUGUUCCUACACUCUCGCUGCUCGAACCAAUUAAUCUCCAAGUCCAGGUCGGCGAAGAUGAGCUCGAUUUGGUCGGCACAAAUGUCAAGGUCCAGCUGAUCGGAUCGAUUGAAUUGCUUCGAUACGACACCUACGCAGAUGCUGGUAGUCUUGUUAGCUUCAAGGCUCGCCCAGUCCGGACGGAAGAUGUCCUGGACAUCCACCAGACGGCACACCUGCGAGGACCUCGAGGGAGUAUCACAAUCGACCUAAUCUCGUCGGGGAUUGACGUGUCGCAGCUGCCGUCGUCGAUCGAGGUCAUGGGCGGAGACGCUUCAGACACAUCACCGUUGAUGCAGCUUGUCGUCAGAUAUGUGCUCUCAGUCUCGGACUGCAAGGGCAGAACGGUACAUCAGGGAAUCCACAUGUUGGGUCACAGCCUCAGCGAGACGGAAGGACGCGCUGAAGCGAAGCUUCUCCGACCGCAAGGAGGAUAUAAGCGACAUGUCUCACAAGGGUCGUCGAUGUGGAACUGGGCGCGACUGGGCCCGUUGAGACACUUCCGGCCGACCUCAAGGCCGUGCCAACAGUUGACGGUCGAAGUGAUGGGAUAUGAUCCGAUUGUGCUUAGACAUGAGGAGAAUGCAGCGUCGACGAAGAUUCGCUGGCGCCUGAGGUUGGCUGACGGCCAGCAGGAUUCGACUUCUUCGAUACCAAAAGUGACAAUGUCCGCACGCUGGAGACUCCGGUCAUCGACUGAAUGGCCGAUUUCGGCAUCGGAAGAAAGCCCAAUCAGGAUCAAUCACAGCGGCAACCUCGAUGGCUGGACCUCCAUGUCUGGAAAGCCUGAGACUGUGAGUGUGUGGCUGCAAGGUGUUGAGGGGAGCUUGGAAGCAGAACACAGUACAUCCUUGUCACUCCCAGUACAGCAAUUUCUGGCACCGACAUUCUUCUUAGGCUCCAUGGCGCAUACGUAUACCUUGCAUUUGGCCGUUUGCUGUCGAGCGAAGGGGCAUGCGCUGAACAUUCGCGGCAAUCUCGAGUUUGAGCUACCUAUUGCUUUGAUUUAUGUGGCACCAGGGUAUGAUAGCGACGAUGUGCCACCUGUAUACUCAGAAGUGUGA